AAUCCAUCGAUGAUGGCUUGGGCUUGGGCAUCGUAGGAAUUGAUGUAUCCAGCUGAUGCCACACUAGCCAGAGGCAAAAGCACUGCCACCAGCAAGGGCGUUAGCAUUGCGUUGUGUCGAUGGAAAGAAGCCGUUGGCGUAGCUUCAGGAUGCACGAGGUACUGCGAGGCAGUUGGCGAAAUGCAGAAUGAACCUCCGGUCUCUGUAGGACACUCCAGCACAAGUAGAGGCACCAGCACAGCACGAUUUUGCGAUUGGACUGGCUGGCAUGAAUUAUCGAGUCGAUUAUUGACGGUACUAACGCGUAGCAAAUCAUUGAUCCCACAACGCACUAAACAACCUCGAGGAUCUAAACUGAGAUGGGGUCGCUAUCCUCACCGAAUCUACCCACACGUACAUCAGCUUUCCAGCAAUAUGACGUGCGGUCAAUUCGAGAAUAAUCGAUAAUACACCCACUACUGUACAUGGUUUUCUAGUGGAAGUAGGAGAUAGAGGGUCCCUUUAGAGAAUGUCGUCCGCUUCAUACAUGUUAGUGCAUGUACAUGUAGGUGCUGCUUACGAGCACCGUGCCCACAAAAGAUCAAAUCGCAGAUAAACCUCCUUCAACUAAGUUCUGAUAACGCACUUUUGGAUGCAUGGACAGUCAACAGUCAGCGCGUUCAUACUGUAC